AUGAAUUAAAUACCUUAAUAAGAUGAGGAAGGCUAAAAUUUAAUAGUCAAUGAGAAUACACAAGAAUAAUAUCAACCUCAAGUGUAAAGAUUCUCCUCGAGUUCAAAUUGGGAAGAAUAUGAUAAACCAAAAUAAAAACCAGAUCAAUCAGGUCCAUCUAAAUUUGAUGCCAUUGUGAUUCUGAUACUUUUAUUAAUGAUUGGAUUAUCUGGAUUUGGAUUAUUAAAACAUUACAAUGUUGUGAUUCCGAAUAAACCAAUAGAAAAUAAUGUACGUGUUACUCCAUAAUUAGUUCACCCAAAAGAAUCAGUUGUUUAAGAUGUUUUUAAUAAAAUAAGUGAAGGGCUAUAAAAUUUAGGUCAAGAGAAGGUUGAAAAGUAAAUUCCGAAAGAAGAUGAAUAAACCUUAGAUGAAGUACUGGAUAAUUAUUUAUCAAAAAUCGAGUAAUAUAAUGACAUACGUACAGAUUGGAUUGAUGAUGAUGAUAUCCAAAUUAAGAAUAAGGAAAAUGAUACUAUAAACAAAUAGGCAUAAUUGGAGCAAUAGUUGGAAUAAUAGUUAAAUAUUGUGGAUGACUUAGAAGAAUUGAUCAUAUCACAAGAAGCUGAAAUAUCAAUAAUUAAGCCAGUCUUUUCAAAGAAUAUUUAUACAUAUAAAGAAUUACAAAACGGAUUAAAGAUCUUAUACAUCUAAUCUCCAACUGAAGGCAUAAACUUGGUUGUAUCCAUUAAUAUUGGCAGUAUCAAUGACCCAUAGGAAUAUCCUGGAUUAACUGAGCUAAUGUUCAGAUGUCUAUAAACCAAUUUCUAGGUUGAGGUUCAUGAAUAAUUCACUUUUUUGAAAGUCUAAUUAAACCUAUUGGAAGAAUUAAAUGCAAAAUUAAAGGAGCUAUUUAUUAUAUUCACAUAACCUAUGUUUGUUGAUAUUGUAAAAAAUGCUAAGGAACUCUAUGAAAAAAUGAUGAAUGAUUCUAAGUCUGCUCAUUUCCAAUACGUGUCUCAAUUUUUAAAUUCAUUAGCAAACUUAAAAGAAUUAUCCAUUCUAUCUGUUGAAUAAGAUUACCUAUACCAAUUUUAUACCGAACAUAUCUCUUCGGAUUCAAUUAGUUUUGUUUUCAAAAGUCAAGAGGAGUAUGAGACUCUUUAAUCCAGACUAUUAACAUCUGAUUUAAUGAAAUUGAAAAAUUUGCACAAGUAUCAUGAUCCAACCUAUGAAAAUAAUUAUCCAUAAAGCAGACAAAUUCUUAAAUUCAGGAGUGACACAGAUCUACUACAACUACUCUCAAUAAGUGACGAAUUAAGUUGUCAAAGAUUUUUAUCAUAUUUAUUACCAAAGCCAUUCACAGGAUCUAUCCAAGAAAAUUAGUUAUCUAUCACAUUAGACGUAGAGGUCGGUAAUGCUUUAAAUACUAUUAACAAAUUUAUUUCGUUUCUCAGCUUUCUAUAAUCAGCUGAUGAAACCUAAUUAACAUAUUUGUAUUCCCAAAUGUUGGCUACUGAAGAAUUAUUGUUUAAUACAAAAUAUCAGGAAGAUUUAACAAAGAUUAGUUAGAAUCUAUUCAAAGAUCCAAUAUAUGGAUUAAAAGGAGAAGAGAGUUUCCCUAUUUUUGAUAAAGAUGAAUUUGAUUAAUAUUUAACUAAUCUAUAGAACAACUUCAUCAUUUUGAUAGGAAGUGAUAACUUUUAAUUUGAUCCUAAUCACAAAUCAAUAAAUGACGAUUCAAUAUUUAUUGUUGAUGCAGUCCUAAAUAAACUUCAUUAAGAAUUUCAAUAUGAUUUGAAACUUGUAACUAAAAAAUUUGAUGAAACAAAUCAAUAUCAAUUCUAAUUGCCAUCAUUAAGCACAUUUUUACCAGAGAAUUUGGCAUUAGUAUCGGUUUGUCAAGCACCAACUUAAUACAAUACUCAAGAUGAAAGUAAAUCUUAAGUAGAUGAUUUAAUUAAUUCUGUUAAAGAUGGAAAAUAUGAUGGGUCAUAACUGAUUAAGUUUGAAACCAUUGAAUUUAAGUGUGAAUUUCCUAUGCCUAAUUUUAUGAAUAAUUGCACUGAAUAAGAAAAAGCUGCUCAAAUAUCCUUGGUUCCAUUCUAAAUUUCUAGUAAUGUAUGGUGGAAACCAAGUAGAUUAGGGGCUAUGGUGUUUACAGGGCUGUUUAUAGAAAAACCAGAAUCUACUUUGGUUGAAGGGAAAACAAUGCUUAAAUUAUUGUAAAAGUUUUAUACCGAACUAUCAAAGAAGCAAUUCUAAUAAGAAAUUCUGUUUGGUUAUGAAUUAACUUUUAAGGAAACUAUAAAUGGACUUAAUAUACAAAUGUUGAGUUAUUCUGAGAAACAAUCAGAAUUUUAGGAUAAAGUGUUUGAUCUUAUGAGUACUGAUGAUGAACAAUUAUUUAUUUAUGUAAAAGAUUUGUUAAGCUAAGAUAUUAAAAGAUUUCAUGAUCAAAAAUUAUCAUUGCUAACUUAACAAUACUAUUUACCUAAGAUCUUACUUAGACCUGUCAGUUCUCCAUAAGAAAUAUUAGAUGAAUUAGUAAAAAUUGAUUAUCAAAGUUUCUAAAUGUUCCAAGCUUAAGUGUUAGCUAGUAAAAUUUAAAUUCUUAAUUUGGGAAAUAUUCUACCCAGUGAUAGUGUAUUUGAAGAUUCAUAGGAAAUGUAUAUUACUAGAACAUUGAAUUUAAAGGGAUAGAAUCUAAAAUACAAAGUUAAAAGGGAAUCAAGCAUAGAUAAUAUGUCUUCAGUCUUAAAUUACUAUUAAACAGGUUUGAAGAAUUUGGAAAACACUGCUAAAUUAUAUUUCUAUGCUGACUUCCUCCAAUUAUAUGCUAAUAAUUAUUUCCCUAUGGGUUAAUAGGUCACAAUUAAAAGAAAACCAUUAGGAUGUGCUGAUGGUCUCUAAAUCUAUCUUUAAGGAGCUAGUCCUAAAAAAGGAAAGGAAUAGAUUGAUCAAUUUUUAAAACAAGCUAACAUUUAUUUAAAUAAAUUGUUAGAUGAAGAAAUUUUAGAUUAAAAGUCUCAAACAAUAAUCAAAUUAUCAAAUGAAAUUAAAUUUAAGACUCUAUAAGAAGAAGGGCAAUUUGUUUGGGAUAAAAUAGUGAAUAAAAAUUAUGCUUUUACAGAAAUCUAAGAUGUGAUAAGAUAUUUAGAUGAAGCCUUCCCUCAAAAGUUAAGAGAAUGUCAAAAUUUGACAUUGCAAGGUUCAAUUAGUGUCCAAGUGUAUGCUGCAUAGGAAGAAAUUGAAAGCGAUGACGGAAUUCAGUAAAUAGAAGAAUUGACUGAUUAAGAUGUAUAUGAAUGUUUCUUUUAAUUAUGA